CAAUAUCAGUGUAGGAUUUUUUUUUCCGGUUCCGCCACUCGCGAAUGUGUCGUGUCGUGCCGGUGCCGAAGGUGCCAAACGGCAGUUAUUUUUGUUCGUAAAGAAAAAACUAAAGGCAUACUUUGUGGAUUUCAAAUAGGAUUUCAACAAAUCAUUGAUUCACUACUGAAUGAAUAGGAAGUAAACAUCAAGAAUCAGCAAUGGCAGCUGGCUGGGAAGAAAUAAAUCAAGACUAUUUAGUAGGUGCUGCUACAAGCGUCCAUACAGAAGCCGCCCCGCACCUCCUGUUUGCCGCAGCUGAGAAGCCCUCGGCUGCCCAGCAAUCAUGCUACAGUAUGAUAGAUGCCAACCUCCCUUCUGUUGCUGCGCCAUCUGCAUCACCAAUUGUGACUGCUGUCGCUGAUAUUAUCAACGCCACUACAGACUUUACUGUGGCGAAUGCAUUGGAACAAGAUACUACUGGGCAACCUACUGCAUAUACUGCACCAGAGUUCACUACACGCAAUAUUAAUUCUCCUGUUCUUCCGGCUACAGCAGAACAUGCUGGUUCUGCUGUUACCCACAUUCCUGCUGGUAUUGGCGCUCCACCAAAUUCUCCAGGAAAUCGUAUUGGCCCUUCUACCCCUGAUGUUACUGCUGAUGUUUCCGACCAUCGUGCUGCUAGCGGUGCUACACUCGCUGAUGGAGCAGACUUUGAUUGUCUUCAUGAUGACGUUGUUGCUAGUAGCAGGGGCGCACAUUUUGUCUUAGAAGAUUUAACUGAAACAUUUUCUUUUUCUGAAAACGAUGGAGUUAUUAUGACCAACAUAACGGAGCUGACUGAACCCGUUAAUUUUAUUUCUGAGAGGAAAGAGGAAGCUCCUACUGCACGUCCUGCUCCAGAAGAUCUCGUAGCUACUGCAAGUUCGACCGCUGCUGAGGUUACCAAAGAACUAUCUGCUAUAGACUGUAAAGAUAUAGCGAGUGCGUCAAGACCUAUGAUGUAUGACGAUUUGGAUGAAAGCAUUGUUUAUCACGGGGGAGCUCGACGUCGAGAACCCAAAAAGUUGGCAACUCGCAACAAUGCACACUUUAGCAACGUGUACCAUCCAAACCGAAACAAACGUAAUGGUUUUACAACAAAAAAUAUCGCAGUUCCAUCCGACCAAAUGAAUCGAAUUAUUGGCAGAGGAGGAUCCAGAAUCCAUGAAAUAGAAUAUGAUUCUGAGAUUCAAGUGAAAGUCGGUAAUUCUGAAGGACCUUACACAGAUAUAACGCUAUCUGGGACAAAUGAUGCCAUUUCAAGUGCCGAAAAAGCCAUAAAAUCUAUGAUCAGUGAAAUUCGGAAUACAUCAAAUUCUGCCUAUACCGAAUUAUACAAAAAGGUCCCAGAUGAAGUUUGCGUAAUUGAAUGGAAUAAUCUGAAAUCAUACUACGAAAAGCUUCAAGAAGAGUUGUUUGGCGAAUAUCCACCUAUUGUAAAGGACUUCUAUCAAGAAGAUCCAGAAGUCGAACACGCGAAUCCAACUGACACAGCUCUGUGGCGUACAAACAACGGCGUGAAAGUUCAAAGAAUGUUCCGGGACAGACCAGAGUUACGGCCUAUACCUAAUCCGGCAUUGACCUUAGAACAUUUAUUCAAGCACUAUCCUGAGAUAUUGAGCCGCGUUCGCAAUCAAGGUUAUCGCAAACCUUCACAUAUUCAGAGUCAGGCUUGGCCCGUACUCAUGCGAGGUGAGGACAUGAUAGGCAUUACACCACCAAAUUCAGGGAAGAUAAUGACAUAUUUACUUCCGGCUUUGAUACACAUCGACGGUCAGAACUUUGUUAUUGAAAAUCGCCCACGACCUAUAGUCCUUAUCAUGAGUCCAACUCGCGAACUCGCUUUGGAAGUGGAGAAAGAGGUGCAGAAAUAUCAAAGCAAAAGUCUAAAGUAUGUCUGCCUUAUCAGUGGCGGAGAUAGACGAGAACAAGUAAAAAUCGUUUGCAAAGGCGUUGAUCUAAUUAUAGCCACACCCUGUAGGCUAAAUGAUAUUCUAUUAGCUGGCCAUUUGAAUAUGGGGACUUUCUCCUAUAUAGUCUUGGAUGAUGUCGAUGAAAUGUUACAAGUGGGAUUUGAACAUCAGUUACGAAAAGCUCUACACAACACACGACCGGACAAGCAGAUAGUGUUGAUGUCCUCGGUUUAUACUAAUGCUGUCCGCACCCUAGCACAAAGUUACCAAAAAGACCCCAUUAAGAUCCAAGUUUCUUUGAGCGUAGGUUCUAUAACUCAAAGGAUUAUGAUUCUGGAAGAGGCUGAAAAAGAAAAAGCUAUAUUGCAGUUUUUCCAAACCACGGGCCCUAAAGAUAAGGUGAUAAUCUUUUGUAAAAAUAAAGAAACUGCAGCUCUCCUCACUUUUCAACUGGGGCAAACAGGCAUUGGUUGCAUUUCCUUGGCGGAUCCACCAAAGGAUAUGGAUAACCCAGUGAAAGCUUUAAUUGGAGUUCACGGGGCAAGUUACGACAUGAGCAUUAUGUCUCAUAUUAUUAACUAUGAUUUCCCCGCAAACAUUGAAGAAUACGUGCACGGAACAAGCAAACUGCCUGUGGACGGAGGGGCUACGGCACUGACGUUCGUCACUAGGCAUGACUGGAGUCAGGCCCGCGCACUCAUUCGCGUGCUGGGAGAAACGCGCCAGGAUAUUCCUGAACAACUGGAACAGAUGGCUCGUAGAUUUGAGGCCAUGAAGGUGCGCGACGUGAUCCGCGGCCGCGGCUUCUUCCAGCGCUUCCAACGAGGCCGACAGUAAUUUACUAUUUGUAGUUAACAAAUUACUUAUUUACUUGAUAUUAUAUUAUAUAUACAGGGUGUUAAAAUAAAAUUUAUAUCUUUCUAGGAGCUCAAUUAUGUUUAUUUAGAAUUUAGAUCAACAAAACAGCAUUUAUAUUGAUUAAUUUAUUUACAAUUAUAAGUAUUUUGUUACGCUCCUCUCGCUCUAAUAUAGAUAAGUACUAUUUUUAUAAGCUUGAAGUAUUAGACUCGUCCAAAAAAUUGUUAACUGAAUUAAUAUUUUUUAAUUGUCGAUUGCGAUACAACUACUUAUAUAUUUCCUUGAAAGAUUAAAUUAUAUACCUGUAUAUAUUCAGGUAGAGUAGAAAUGUUUAUGUAGAUUCUACUUUGACCACAUGGUCACAACUUAUAAAACUUAAGUAUUAUGAAUGUCCAGAGAAACUAAGAUAAUCGAAUAAUAUAUUUGUAACAAAACUCAAUUAAUUGUAUCAGUGCGAGUGUCUGCUGAGCUAUUGCAACAGAACACUCCACGAAGGAAGGUUUUGAGAUUUGUAUUACAAUGUAUUUACAAUAAAUGGCCCUAUUUGGUCACUUGUAGGAUAAGGUGCAAAAUGCCAAAUGUUGUAGUAGAUCUUAUAUUAUUUAUUAUAUACUUCUAUACGUGUUAAACGCGUUAAUUUAUAUACCUAAUAUUUUGGAGUAUGUUUAUCACCUAUUCAAAUGUUGAUCUCUAAGAUCUCUA